AUGACAGAAUACGCUCUUCUUGCUAUUCUUGCAUUUUUAGGAAAGCAGGUUGUUGUUGACUCCCAGAAAUCCCAUUUCGGCUAUUACAUUGACGAUCCCAAGGAUGAAAUGGUGGUGUCUGUCCACCCGAACCUUCAGUCCCAGUGGCCCGUGGUGGUUGCGGAAGGUGAGGGGCAAGGGCCCUUGAUUAAGCUGGAGAUGAUGAUCAGUGAGCCGUGUCAGAAGACCAAGAGGAAGAGUGUUCUUGCCGCGGGGAAAGGAAACGUCAAGGUCAGAUUUGAGCCGAGUGCCGGCGAGCACCAAGGAGGCUCCAACGACAUCGAGGGCGUGAGUCGAGACUAUAAAGACGACCUGGGUAAUUCCAUAGAGCGCGAAGGCAACCAGGAGAGAGCCGUUCAGGAGUGGCCCCCGCGGGGCGCACCUGUGGGCCGAGAGGACCGCAACAGAAGCACAACCCCACAGUCUCCCGUGGAAGCAGAGGAUCAGAAGUUCCUCCGCAGCGGGGGUGCAGAUGCCUUCACCAGCUUCCCCACUCAGGGGAAGCUGCCAGAUCCCAAUAAUCCCAGUGACCUUACGGUGACCUCCAGGGGGCUGACGGACCUGGAGAUCGGCAUGUACGCCCUGCUCUGCGUCUUCUGCCUGGCCAUCCUGGUCUUCUUAAUCAACUGUGCGGCGUUUGCCUGGAAGUUCAGACACAAAAGGUUUGCCAUGAGUGAGCAAGGCAACAUCCCUCACUCCCACGACUGGGUCUGGCUGGGGAACGAGGUGGAGCUCCUGGAACCGGUGGACAUCACGCUGCCGUCGGAGGAGUGCACGACCGUCAUCGACAGGGGGCUGCAGUUCGAGGAGAGGAACUUCUUUCUGAACGGCAGUUCCCAGAAGACGUUCCAUAGUCACCUGCUCAGACCCUCUGACUAUGGCUACGAGAAAGACAUGAAAAGCGAACCUGUAAACCCUUCCGGCCCAAAGAGGAAGCGAGUCAAGUUCACUUCCUACACCACCAUCCUCCCCGAGGACGGCGGCCCGUACACCAGCUCCAUCCUGUUUGACAGUGACGAUAACAUCAAGUGGGUCUGCCACGACCCUCCUGCUAACGCGCACCCUCAGCGGCAGCAGGUGAUGGCUGCUGCCCAAGCUACCACCACGUAG